AUGUCCGAAGACAAUUAUUAUGAUGUACUCGAUCUCGAUUCCAAAAAAGAGAAGAUUAUUUUGGUCAAGAUAAGUAUGAAGCAUGGUGUCCUAGUGAAGAAACUUAAGAAGAAAAAGGCUGCUACGCGUAGGAGAAAAGAAGAAGCAAAGCUUAAAGAUGAAGAUACUAAAAAUGAAGAUGGAGAUGGAGAUGAAGAUUUAGAAAAAGAUGGUCCUAAGGAGGAUGACAAUGAUGAUGAAGAGAACAUAAAGGAGAAGAUUAUUUUGGUCGGGAUAGCUAUGAAGCGGGGUGGCCUAGUGAAGAAGUCGAAGAAGAAAAAGGCUGCUAAGCGUAGUAGAAAAGAAAAAAACAAAGCUUGA